CUUUGGAAUGUGCGGUGAUAUUUUCAUACAACAGUGGACUUUGCCGAGAAGUGGGAACAAGACUGAAGUAAUUAGGUUAUGUAUCAUACAGAAUGACUACGACAAUGGAUAUUCAUGAUGAAUAUAUCUUGUAUAUAACACCAGAAAAGUUUUACAUCGAAGCAACUAACAGCAAUGAACUGCUUGUCAUCGACAGGGUCAGCCAAGAUAUGCUUCUUCAAGGAAAACAUGUUCAGAUCCCGCAAUCGUCUAGUAGCAAACCAAUUUGUGGUAUCGUUGGUAUAAUCCGUCUAAUAGCAGGUCCUUACCUGAUUGUAGUGACCCGGAAAUGGAAAGUUGGUACUAUCAAUAACCAAGACAUAUGGCGUAUUGAUGAAUGUGAAGUCAUUCCAUUUUCACGCACUCUUCUGCAUUUGACUGAAAAACAGACAGCAGAGAAUCAGCAAUAUGUCUCGAUGGUGGAUCAUGUUCUCAAAACACCACAUCUGUACUUCUCAUACUCAUACGACCUUACACACACACUCCAAAGGUUACACAACACAACACCAGAAUUUCUUCAGAUGCCACUUCAUGAGCGUGCUGAUCCUAGGUUUGUCUGGAACAGCAACCUUUUACGAGAAAUGGCAACACGUCAAGAACUACAUCGCUUUUGCUUGCCAGUAGUUCAUGGCUUCAUUUCCGUCAACCAUUGUUCUCUGAAUGGCAAACCAUUUCUGUGGACCUUAGUGUCUCGCCGCAGUUGCUAUCGUGCGGGGACACGGCUCUUCACACGUGGAGUUGAUUUCCAAGGCAGUGUUGCAAAUUUUGUUGAGACAGAACAGAUAAUUGAAUAUGGAGGUGACCGUAGUUCCUUUGUACAGAUAAGGGGGAGCAUUCCCCUCUUCUGGACUCAGUUACCAAACUUAAAAUAUAAACCAAGGCCUCGACUUGUGCCCACUGAGAACCAUGCAGAAGCCUUUGCACGCCAUAUCGAGACUCAGGUGUUCAAUUAUGGUCGUAUUGUCCUUGUCAAUCUGAUCGACCAUAGAGGAGCAGAGGAUGUUUUGGAGAAAGCAUUUCGUGAACAUGUCACAAGACUUGGAAACUCAAAUGUUAGGUACGAAGCAUUCGACUUCCAUGCAGAGUGCCGUGCACUUCGUUGGGACCGUCUCAGCAUUCUGCUGGAUCGAUUGUCUCAUGAACAAGAUGAAUUUGGGGUUUUUCUCCUGACUCGUGAUGGAACCUUGGUGUCACAACAGGAUGGUGUUUUUCGCACUAACUGUGUUGACUGCCUGGACAGAACAAAUGUAGUGCAGAGCAUGCUUGCACGUCGCUCACUUACACAAGUAUUGCAGAAGCUUGGCCUCCUACAACAAAGUCAGGCUGUUCAACAGCAACCACUCCUCGAGUACCUCUUCAAGCAGGUGUGGGCCGACAAUGCAGAUGUCCUCAGCAUACAGUACUCGGGGACUGGUGCUCUGAAGACUGAUUUCACACGCACUGGAAAAAGGACUCGCAUUGGUCUUCUGCGAGAUCUUGUCAAUUCUCUGACCCGCUACUGCAAGAACAAUUUUGCUGAUGGUUUCAGGCAGGAUGCCAUUGACUUGUUUUUGGGUCGCUAUCAAGUACAGGAUGGUGAGGGUGCUGCUCAGCCAUGUCCUCUGGAGACUGAAAAGGGAUGGAAAUACAUCACUUUCCCAGUAGUACUGAUGGUGGCAAUAGCAAUGUUCUUCGCGAACAUUAUAACGCCAACAGAAUAUAACACAGAGAGUCUUCUGUACUUACUGUUCUGGGCAUCAAUGGUAUCUGUGACCUCAAUGAUAAUUAUGAUCUAUGGCACUGAGUUUGUGGAUUAUCCAAAGCUGUGUGAACUUAGAGGAUCCUCAGCACUUUCUUUAGAAUAGCAGUAAAUAAUUCUAUUGCUACUUCCAGUUAUUCUUGUCACUCCUAAGUACCAUUUCCAUAACAGUGAUAGAUUCUAGAAAACAUUUUUUUUUUUUUUUACAUGGAGCAGCAUAAUUUUACCUUGCCACUUCAAGUACUACUACAUGAAUGUAUUUACAUUCAGUCUAACAUAUCUUCUGAAAAGCAUGGUAGUAAACAAAAGAACAGAACUACAUGUUUCUGUUUAAGCAGAUUAUAGAUAGACUGUGAAGAGGCAGUCCACAUAACUUUUUAGACUUUUAACUAAAUAGAAAGAUUUACUUUUAAAAAAUGAGGUUAGCAUUUAUUUCAGGAAAUAUAGUCUGUGGUUUCCUGUAGUCUUUCGUUUAGGUGAUAUGAAUAAGAGAUCUGCAGAAAUAUUUUUCUGCAAUCUCAUUUUGUUCAAAAAAUGAAUAAUAUUCCAUAUUCUUGUACUAAGUACAAUUUUAAUGCAUAACCUCUUUAAUUGUACAUUAGGUACUAUUUCCUGAUAAAACUAAAACUGCAAUUUUUAUGACUUAACUUUUGGUACUGAGCAAAUUAGAAAGUAGAAUUUUUUAGUUAUUUUGCCAGAUUUGAUUCUGGCAGCUCACAGAUAGUCCAUGUGCAUUUGUUAUACAAUAUAUUGCUUUUUGUUAUACAAUAUAUUGCUUGUUGCAUGAAUUGUUAGGGUUGUAUCCAACUGUCAGUUUUCUGUUCACCUCUUUCUGUGUUUAUCACAGGUAAUCAUGAAGCUCCUUCUGUAUAUACAUGUACAUAUGCACAGAGGUUAAGAUAGCGUAGUAGUAGAGGAUAUACCAACCAGCCCCCCCCCCCUCUCUCUCUCUCUCUUCUCUCUCUCUCU